AUGGCGGAUUAUCAUGGUUGACAUUUCUGCGACAGGAGCUUCAAGAACUGUUGUUCGAAAAGGAACCGGUUUAGAAACGCCUAAUUAUGGUUCUUCUUGUAAAGGUAACGAUCUUCUUUUCUCCUGGAUUUUUUUUGCCUCAGCGUACCGAUAUAAUAUGAGCUAGUAGACCUACACUCUGCAUGUACUGGUUUUGCAGUGAAACUGAAAGUUUUUCGUCAAGAUGAAAGUGUAAUUCAGGAGUACGAGAAGAAGAUAGUUAUCGGUGAAGGUGAGUAUCACUUCUUUUACUUAUAUUACUGUACGUCUUGUCAAUAAACCGGAAUGCAAGCCUAGCUCUAUAUCUAGAUCUGAAAAUGAUAUUAAGUUACUUGAGAUAAUUAAAUCAGCUGUGAGACUUCAAUCUUUCUUUGGGCCAACCCCAAAGUGCUGAUUUUGAAUUUUGAUUUGAGGAUGGAGGUCAGGGGCACACCUUAGAUCUACAGCGCUGUAGGUAUUAGUUGUAUGUAAAUCUUUAUUUAAACACGGGAAAUCAUCAGUUAAGCUUAAGUUAAAAACUAAAACUAAUUACAACUGCUUUACAUGAUUGCCGUGUGGGAAUCCGAUAUAUCAGCUACCUUCUUGAUAUUUCGCUUAAAAUGCUCAACGGAUGCAGCGUUUUUUAAGUUAUUGGGCAAGUUAUUCCAUAACAUGGCCCCGCUGUAAGAGAAGCUUCGUUUCAAAUAAUUGGUGCUUGGUUUGGACAAGGUCAGCCUUCCCUCAGAGUUUCUUAAGUUGUAAGCAGAGUGACGCUGAGAGAAAAGACUUUGCAGAUAUUCUGGAGCAAGGUCAUUCAUGGUUUUAUACAUCAUUACGGCUUUUUGUUUCUUUCGUCGAAGAGAUAGCCUCUCCCAGCUGAGGGUGGAGAGAAGGUGGUUUGAGCUCGCAUCAAAGGGUGAUUUAGUAACAACUCUGGCUGCACGAUUCUGUAAUUUUUGGAGCUUAUCACUCAAGUAACCACUCAAACAGUCCCAGACGGGGCUGCAGUAAUCAAAAUGAGGCAUAAUUAAAGCGUUAUAAAUUUGAAUUGCAGUUUCUUUGGAUAUAAAGGGCCGCACACGUUUUAGGGGGCGCCUAUAGCUGAAGAGACUUUCUUGCAAAUCUCUUCAACGUGUUUACCCCAAGAGAGUUGAGCAUCUAUGGUAAGACCCAAGGAUUUGGUAUGAUCGACUCUCUUAAUAAUUUGGUCAUCAAUUCUGAUUUCUACAUCGUCACAUUGGGCAGAUAGUCUUUGUCUUGAUCCAAUAAUCAUUAGCUCUGUUUUAGCAAUAUUUAGACUGAGCUUGUUAGCUUUCAGCCAACAGCUAAGGUUAUUUAAUUCAGGGGUUAGAGCUAGCUUAAGCUCUGUUAACGUCUUAGCAGAUAACGUAAGGUUGGUGUCGCCGGCAAACAUUCUUGGUACGGGCGCCCGCAGGGAGUUGGGAAGAUCAUUAAUGUAAAUUAAAAAUAGCAAAGGACCCAAUAUGCUACCCUGCGGCACGCCGCAACUGAGGGUAACGAGCAGAUGAUAGUUUGCCACUGACAUUACAUCUUUGGGUUCGCCACUUAAGUACGACGAGAACCAUUUUAUAGCUGCCUGAUCGACACCCAAGUACGACAUCUUACGCAAGAUGAUCUCAUGAUCAAUGGUGUCGAAUGCCUUAGUAAGGUCAAUAAAGACAACGCCAUUUAGAAGGCCAUUGUCGAUGUUUACUGACCAAGCAUUUGUUGCCUCAAGCAAAGCCGUGAGCGUACUAUGUAGAGAACGGAACCCUGAUUGGUUGUUAGCGAAUAGGGAGUAUCUCGAAUAAUAGCACUUGGGAGUAAAAUAGAAACCUGUCGUUAUUUGGGGGGCGAGGUUACUAGUGCAUAUAGAAAAUUAUAAUUAUAAAAGUGGAGAUUAUCUCCGUCAGGUCACCAACAUCCGACACCGGAUAACUCUAACUAAACUCCAUCUAAGUAAUCACAAAUUGGCGAUAAGAGACACGAUGGUCGGUAUGUAAGACCUUAUAAGAACCGGAAGAGAGGAUCUGUCCUAUCUGUAAAAAAGAGGUAGAAGAUGAAAUACAUUUUUUAACUCUGUGCCCUGCGUAUCAAGAAAAAAGUAGUACUUUAUUUGAAUACUUAAACAAAGAAUACAGAACAUCAGUAAACAGAAUGGCACCAGAUGAUGUUUUUCUGUUGUUAAUAGACCCUCGGAGCAAGAACAAACCACUGAGUACAAGAGUUAAUUGCAAAAUACGUAUUCAACUGCUAUGAGAAAAGAAGAUCAUUUGUUCUUUAGGUUAACGUGGAUUAUAGUCCCACUAGUGUGCAAUGUGCAAAUUCGAUGCACAUAGGACUGUAUAAGACUCCAAGACUCUGUCUUGUCUUGUCUUGUCUAUGGAGAAUAGAGGCAUGACAAAGGUGCCAACCUCCAGAGAUCUAUGUAAAAUCUGGUGACUCUCUUUUUUUCACUACCCACUACCCCCCCCAAUGUAAAUGCACCCCACAGCCCACUAAUUAGGACAUUAUAUGAAGUCUUACAUGAAGUACUUAUUAUCAAAAUUCGCUUUCAUCAUAGUAACGGCAAAAUAAUAUUUCUCAGAGUGACUAAUGUCCCAGAGACUGUACAAUAAAUUAAAAAAGUUUGAAUUUUGAGAAAAAAAUCAUGGGCUAAAUUUCAAACCAAAGUCCACAAAAGGUCAAAAGUCCAUUCUAUCUGGGAGAUUUUGUGACCCACAUUGGAGAGUGGGAGAUCACUGCCGCGUCCAGGAGACUACUGGAUAAUCCGGGAGAGUUGGCAUGAGCAUAUGUUUCAAUUCUCCUGACCUUCCACCUUGCGGAGCACUUUGUUUACUGCCCCUCCCCCAUCUCCACCCACUGUCUUAAAAAUGAUGUUGCCUGUUCAGUUUGAUAGAAUAUUAAAUAAUUGAUGUUGUUCAAAGUUCACAUUUUUGAGAUUUAGACCAUAUUAAUGUUUGACGAUGUUUGCCAAUGCAUGCAUUAACUUAUGUGCUCCCUCUCUUUUUCACUGCAUAAAGAUCAUGGACCUUCACCCUCAAUUUGCACCUGAGUGCAAGCCCUCCCCAGCCACUUCAAAUUUCAAACCCUCCUUUUACAAGACCAAGUUAUGACAAGACUAUGGUAUCUAUCAUGAUCAAAAUCCUGCGCUGUGGUACAUGUCGCCAGUCAUUUGAAGCCUCUCCGAUAGAACUUAAAUUGUAUAGUGCAAUUAUUAUUUAUAAAUUUGAAUGGUUUAGUGAAUUUUAUACUUUGGCUUAUCAGAUUAUGACCAGUCACCUACAAAAAUAUUGUGAAUACCUUACCCUGCAAGCAAGGUCUUUUACCCUUGUCAUAAGGUGGUGGAGAGAAAGGGAGUGUAAACUAAAUGAUCGCUUCCUAAAGAGUUUAAAAUUCCUGGUUUUAUAGGGGACAGUGAAGUGUCAGAGUCCUUGGAUAGAUGCUUAGAAUGUAUGCAUACCAGUGAAGUCUGUGUUAUACCAUACACCAGUGAUACUGCUGACAAAGAGAAAAGUGUCUCUUCUGAGAGUGGUCUACAAUGUGAAAUUCAGCUUCUUUCUUUCUGUAGGGUAUGUGACCUGCAGAUGCCAAUAAUCAACUGUCGUUUACUUACAUGUAUACAUCAUCAUCAUAGUAUCAUCAUCAUCAUCAUCAUCAUCAUAGUAUCAUCAUCAUAGUAUAAAAAGUAAAAGUUGAGCAUCAUUUCAUGUAAUCUGCCCGUCCAUAUAAAUCUCCACUGCUGUCUUUAAUUGAUCUAUAGCAUCAUCAUGCGACAUAUCAUAUGUCGCAGUACUGUAUUAUACAUGUUUUUCCAGCCCUGGGACCACUGUAAUUAGCUUAAGGCUGAAAAUUAAGGCAUGACCCCUACCAAAUUAUGUGUUUUUUAAUUCUUUAUUUUGUGUAAUGCAUCUAUUAUCCUUCUUUUUUUGUGAAUCAUGUAUAAGGCAAAGCUGAUAAAAUAAGUAAAACAGGUAAAUUAUAUAUAUUUCCAAAAAUUAUUGGAGUGUUCAAAACAUCUUAUAUUUGAUUUGGAUGAAAUUCAUUAUUUCUCCUUAGGUAAACUUAUGAUGUGACUGUAUGUACCAAUCUUGCAUAAGUUUUCCCUUUGAAUCUGUUACAGGCAAAGGAGCCUUGGGAAACUUCCCCAGAGGAAAAAGUGACAUUGGCCAAACAUCAUAAAACCAAAGGAACAGAUUGUUUUAAGGUCAACUGAACAAUAAGGAGAGGGUUCAUUAGGCACUGGAGAUUGGAGAAUUCUCUGUUAAUAAGGCUUAAUUCUCUGGCAAAUGUUUGAUAGCCUAUGAUUAUAUUAUAUUCAGAUGUGGAUCCUCUUUUAAAAUACUCUCCUGUAACGUUACAUUUCUCUAGUCUGCUACACAGCCGUUAGUGUCGUCACGCAAUGUUAUAGUGGGGAUGAGCGUGGCAACACUUCUCCUGUUACUAGAAUUCUUAAUGAAAACCCUGAAUAAGUGUCAGUAGUAGUUAUGGUUCAGUUGUUCAUAGUUUAACACAUUUUAUAAAUUCUCCUUAUUAUGGUGGAGUAAAUGAUUAAUCUUAUCAUGUCAAAAAUCCAUAACCCACAUUUAUGUCGAUGUAGGGGUACCAAGGGGUGAAUGAUGAACCCAAGACUUGCUCAGACACUCAAACAAAGACCUUGCAAGAAAUUAACCUUACAAAAAGGAAACUAAAUUAAAAGAAAAAGCAAACAAGCAAUAAAUAAAAAACAAAGUCACACAAAAACAAACCAAAAACAACAACAAGAACUCAUCAUUACAUAUAGCAUUUUUUUUGUGAGAUUUCAAGAGUGGGUGAAAAGUUUCUGAGACCCACAUUUUCUGUUAGGUGUGGCUGUAUUCUGGUUGGAAAAGGCAUACAUGUCCUACAUGUGUAUUAAUACCAAACCCGCCUUUUUUCUGAUACAUGUAAAUACAUGUAACUGUAGUCUGAAUGUGUCAGGGUUUGGCUGAUCUCAUGUUAUAUAGUCCUGAAUAGUUGUCCAUUUAUUUUUUAUAUAUAUACAGUACCUGUAAUCAUUGUGUGCACCUGUUAGGAUGGAUGUUGACACUAAAAAUUUUUCUAUUUGAUUUGUUAUUAUUAUUUUUUUUUUGUCUAUAGUGAUUAUUUCUUAAAUAAGAUCCUCUACUAGGGAAAUAUGUAAAGUGUAACUAUAUUUAUGUAAACUCAGGUUUAAUUUUAGUCCACUGGCCUUGUGCCUCCCCUUUUUUGUUGCACUACAUGCAUAAUUAGUAAAAAGGGAACAAAAAGGGUUUGAGAGGUUUGAAAUAAUAUCAUUACCUGAGCCAAGUUUUCUGAGUGCUUGAUUAUUUCCUCGUCAACAUAUUUUUUAGGCAAGUAAGUGGCUGUGUGCAGCCAGACGCUACAGCCAAGCUCUGAAGCAACUGAUCUUAAUUGGUGAUCAGCUACCAGAGAAUUGCAGAGAAGAGUAUGACCAGCUUAGAGUUUCAUGCCUUCUAAAUUUAUCAGCAUGUCAAGGAAAAAUGGAACAGUACGAAUUUGUUGCACAAAACUGCACAAAGGUUAGAGUUGAUAAACAUAGCGUCUUUUAGAGUUUUUAUAUGAGAAUGAUACUUUAUGUUAAUAGCUCGAGGCAGUACAAAUGCAAUAGCUAAGGCCACUUCCGAGUUCCAAAAACUUUCACUUUCAAAAUGAGGCUAGGUGCCCAACCUUUCUUGUGGAAAUGAGGUGAAAACGGGAAAUUGAUGAGUGCAUGUAAUUUUAUGCAAAAGAAGAGACAAAAACAAAAACUCUCACGCUUUGCUUGCCCAGAGUAACUAAUUGCUUGUCUUUAUAGAUAAUGAUUUUUUAAUAGCUGGAAGACGAUCUGCCUGGACCCUAUGUCCAUUGGACAAGUGAGCUUAAACAGUUUCUUUCCCAGUAAAAAAACCUACUUGUCCUGGACGAUAAGAUGGGACUGUUUCGAGCCCUCAUUUUAGCAUGAUAUAUCAUAAUAUUUAAGCCUUUACAAUGUCAUUAAUUUAUUAUAGGUAUGAUGAUGAUGUCAGUGAAUAUUAAUUUUAGGAAGAAGCAUCGAUAUAUCUCUCACAUUACUUCUAUUUUUUUUUGUCACCCUGUAGGUUCUUGCAAUGCUGCCGACAAACAUCAAAGCAUUGUUCAGGAGAGGACAGGUAAAAUGGUAAAAAUGUACAGGUAUUAGUACAGAGUUUUAAGAAAAAUUACUGUAAAUGCAGAGUGUGAUCCGCCGGUAAUUAUGCCACAAAGAUGUUUAAAUUUAAUAAACAUAGCAGUUCAUACCAUGUAAUUCAUUAAUAUUUAAUAAUUAUAUUAUGUUUAAUGAUUCAAUUUUGUUCAUGACACUUUACAGGCAUUUGUGGUGUUAAAUGAAUUUGAGAAGGCAAGGGAAGACUUAGAAAAGGUAACAGCGAUGGCAUCAUAGAUGUUUCAUUCUGAGCGUUUCCUGUUCCCACUGAUCUAUCGUGAGGUUUGUCCGUUUAAAAUUUGGUAGCCGACAGAAAGGAAAGUUUGAUAGAUCAUACUAUCGUUAAAGAACAAAUUCAUUUAGAUCGAUCGAUCGAUCGAUCAAUCAAUCAAUCAAUCAAUCGAUAAUUGAAGGUUAUGUGCCCGAACCCCUCAAACAGUCGGAUGUUGUCCCGGUGCCAAAGUGCUCUCCGCCAAAAUCCGUCGAACAGCUAGAUCCUGAUCUACGUCCAAUUUCGCUUAUGUCGCACCUCGCAAAGAUCGUGGACGGCUUUACACUGUCUACCCUUUUGAAUCAGGUCUGCGAUAAACUUGUUGUUUACCGAUUUGCACCGGCGGAAAAAUCUACCACCCACGCACGCUCUUGUUUAUUUUCUCCACGCCCUCCUUCAGUCCCUUGACCAAGGCAAUACCUACGUUCGUGUAUUCUUUGCUCAUUUCAGCAAAGGAUUCUACUUGGUGGACCACAACAUGCUGGUUCGAGAGUUGCAGCUCCUAAGCGUACACGAAGCUAUAGCUAUCAUUCGCUGGAUCAGAUCUUUUAAUUUGACAGGUCGAGUGCAGCGAGUAAGACCGUGGAGGGAUCCCACAAGGAACGAAAUUAGCUCCAUUUCUUUUUGCGAUCCUAGUUACUAAUUUGUGUGGAGAUUGGCGUUAUAGGUUGAAAUUUAUAUGUUGAUGAUACUUCAGUUUAGGUUCGCACCAAGUUAUUUGCCUGUCAUUGCUGUAGAUAUCAACACAUAUACGCUUCAGAACGCGACAUGAUGAAAAGAAAUGUACAGGAAAAGAAAAAGAAAAGGUUAUUGGCUUUCUUCGUUUCCGCAAUCCGAGACCCGUACCCGGGCGGACUAAAAUUGCUACUGUCAAAUAUCAACAUAUUGUGUAACUGUACAUGCUUACUUAUUGCUGGCCUACCCAGCAAUUCAGUCAAUGCUGCAAUUGGGUAAAAUAAACAAGCAUCUAUCUAUCUGUCAAUCUAUCUAUUUGGUCAUUGAUCUAACGAGAAAUGUUUUAAUGCGGGGGGGUUAGAAUGGAAUCAUAUGCCAUUUCUUUAAACUUUGGUAGUUUCUGUUAAUCAGAGACCCGGCCUGACGCCCUUUCUAAUCUUAGAAGGUCAGUUAGUUACUGAGGUAUCAUUAUGCACGUAUUUCUUUAACUUUCUUUUUCCUGGUUUGAUUGAUUUUAGGCUUUGACACUCGACCCUCAAAAUAAAGCAGUUCAAGAACAGCUCAGAGUUCUAAAACAGAAAGCGCGACUCCACGACCAAAGGAUGUCAAGAGCCUUGGGCGUCAUGUUUGGACGCAAAAAUUAAGUAUUUUCGAUCCAGACACCUGCAUGCCUUUAUGCUGUGGUCAUUCUUACUGGAAGAAACUAGUUUCCAAAACGGUGUAAUGUUUGUCCGAAGGCUGAAAUAAAAAAUACAAUGAAUUGAAAUUAACCUCGCACCCACUGGCUACGAUUCAGCCGUCGCCGUUUUGGUGCAGUAUUUCCAAGGAGGUUUUAUUCAGCGUGUGUGGCACUAGCUCUUGCAAAGAUGAAGGAAGCUUAGAUUCCAUGUACUUACUUCUUAAUUCUGGUAUUACACUG